GCUUCGCGCUUCCCCAGCCUGAGAGGCUGGUGAGGAGGUGUGGGCUUCGGCCAGGGCCUCAGGAUUUAGUCGGGAGUCCGAAGCACCUAGGACAAACACUCCCGACCCAGCGUUGGAGGCAGGGCAUAGUAAUAGCUGCCAAGAAGCAUGAAAUCACCUUGAACUUAGGAAUUGGAAGACGUGCUCCCAAAGUCUAAGAUGUGAUCAUGCCAGCCCGACUUCUCCAAACCCUGGCAAGUUUACAAAGUGUAUCAGCAAAGGCUCCUCGGUGCCAGAGACUUACUCGGCUUACAUUAAGACCACUUACGAAGUUUGAAAGUACAGCGUGCCACAACGGCCUGACAACACAGCAACAUUUAGACUCACUCUUUCCAAGUAUAACAGCUGACAGUUUGAAUAAGCCAAAGAUCCUGGAAAUGAGCCGGAUAAUACCAGACACAAGCAGACUCUUCCCCUUAAAUGCUGUCCAUUGGUUGGAUGGAAAAGCACACUGGCCAAGGAUGCACCUCUUUGGCACUCACAGGAACAUGACCCACAAACCAAAUCUCUUGUGUUCUAAGUGGUUUAUAAAAGCAGCAAAGAGGCAUCACUCAUCUGUAUCAAAUGAAGCACUUGUUCCCAAACAAGACCUUCCGCAGAUCAAGAGGCCACUGAAAGCAUCCCGGACCCGGCAGCCGUCAAGGACCAACCUUCCAGAUCUGUCUGUGAAUGAGGACCUGAUGCAGUGCACAGCGUUCGCAACAGCAGAUGAGUAUCACCUGGGAAGUCUGUCUCAAGAGCUGGUCUCCUGUGGCUAUGUGGAAGUGACAAGCCUACCUAGAGAUGCAGCAAAUAUUUUGGUGAUGGGUGUGGAAAGUUCUGCAAAAGAAGGUGAUUCUGGAACAAUAUUCUUGUUCAGGGAAGGAGCUGCUGUAUUCUGGAAUGUAAAAGACAAAACUAUGAAGCAUGUGAUGCAAGUCCUGGGGAGACACGAAACACAGCCCUAUGAAGUGGCUCUGGUCUACUGGGAGAACGAAGAGCUGAACUACGUAAAAACAGAGGGACAAUCAAAGCUGCACAGAGGGGAAAUCAAGCUAAAUUCUGAGCUGGACUUGGAUGACUCCAUUCUAGAGAAGUUUGCUUUCUCCAACGCUCUUUGCCUCUCAGUGAAGCUGGCUAUUUGGGAAGCGACCCUGGACAAGUUUAUUGAGUCUAUUCAGUCCAUUCCAGAGGCAUUAAAAGCUGGGAAGAAAGUCAAACUGUCUCAUAAAGAAGUUAUGCAGAAAAUGGGUGAGCUCUUUGCCCUCAGGCACCGAAUAAACCUGAGCUCUGACUUCUUGAUCACCCCUGACUUCUACUGGGACAGAGCGAACCUGGAGGAGCUUUAUGACAAGACCUGCCAGUUCCUCAGCAUCACUCGAAGAGUUAAGGUCAUGAAUGAAAAACUUCAGCACUGCAUGGAACUAACAGACCUCAUGCGGAAUCACCUCACUGAGAAGCGAGCACUCCGCCUGGAGUGGAUGAUUGUCAUUCUCAUCACCAUCGAGGUAAUGUUCGAGCUAGGAAGAGUCUUCUUCUGACUGUGUGAUCAUGAAAGCACCACUGGGAAGAGAAGUCAAGUUCUGCAACCAAUGAAACCAGCAUUCAGUACUAGUGACUCUUACUCAACUCAAGUUGAGGAACUGUCAGUGCACAUGGGACACACACCUGGAAUCUCAGGACUCUGGAAGCUGAAGCAGGAAGAUUCUAAGUUCCAGACUAGCCUGGGCUACAUAGGGAAACCCAUCCAUCUCUGCACUGGGAAAGCAGAGGCAGACUGCCCAGUUUGAGGCCAACAAUAACACAGCAGGACUGUCUCAAAAUAAAACAAAUAAAUGUCAUAAUGAUCCUUUCAGUUCUUAA